GAGACCUCUUUACUCGCGGGAAGAAAGGGCGUGGUCUCCAGUCUACAACAACAGUAUAGUAAUAAAUCAUCAUGAGCUUGUUCAACUACACCUCGUCCACGGUGAAGACACUCCUAGGCUGGAAGCAAGGAGAUGAGGAUGAUAGAUGGGCUGAGAAGGCUAUUGACUCUCUUGUCAAAAAGCUGAAGAAGCAAAAGGGUUCCUUGGAAGAGCUAGAAAAAGCUCUAUCACAGCCAAGCACCCAAACAAAAUGUGUGACUAUUCCUAGGAGCUUGGAUGGUAGACUUCAAGUGUCUCACAGAAAAGGCCUUCCUCAUGUGAUCUACUGUCGUGUGUGGCGUUGGCCUGAUCUACAGAGCCAUCAUGAGUUAAAGCCUCUUGAAAUCUGUGAGUUUGCGUACAGUCGAGACAAGAAGGAGGUCUGUAUUAAUCCCUACCACUACAAGAGAGUGGAAACACCUGUAUUGCCCCCUGUGCUGGUCCCCCGACACCCUCAGCUGAUAACAUCAGUCUACGAGCCGACCCCUAGCUAUCUGGACUCACAGAGAACUGCCUACUCCCCCAACAAUGACCUACAACCCUCUCCACUCUUUGAGAGCCCAGAGACCCCUCCCCCUGCCUACUCCGAUGUUGGCUCUCCCUCCUCCCCAGACUGUGAGCAGCUAUCACCGAUGCCUGGGGCCCCCCACAGUGUUGCUGAGAGCACAGCAUCGGCCAUGGAGGGAGGAGCUGUGCAGAUCAAGUACCAGGAGCCGGCCUACUGGUGUGAAAUCACUUACUAUGAGCUUAAUCAGCGAGUGGGCGAGUCCUUCAAAGCAUCCAGGUCCCAUGUUGUGGUGGAUGGCUACACUGACCCUUGUAUGAAUGCUGAUCGCUUCUGUCUUGGUCAGCUCUCCAGUGUGAACCGCAACUCAACGAUAGAGAACGUUCGUCAGCACAUUGGCAGGGGGGUCCAUUUAUUUUAUGUGGGAGGGGAAAUGUUUGCCGAGUGCCUCAGUGAGGGAGCUCUCUUUGUCCAGAGUCGAAAUUGCAACUUUGCUCAUCAUUUUCACCCCACCACCGUCUGCAAAAUACCUCCUAGUUGCUCGUUGAAGAUUUUUAACAAUCAAGAUUUUGCUCAGCUCCUUGCCGAGAGUGUGAAUCAAGGCUUUGAGGCUGUCUACGCACUCACAAAGAUGUGCACUAUCCGAAUGAGUUUUGUGAAGGGGUGGGGUGCCGAGUACCAUCGCCAAGACAUCACUAGUACGCCUUGUUGGAUCGAGAUUCAUCUUCACGGCCCUCUGCAAUGGCUGGAUAGAGUACUCUCUCAAAUGUCCCCAUCCCAAACACCAAGCUCGAUUUCUUAAAAUGAACUCUUCCAAAUGUACAUUAAUUUUAUCACUGAUUUAUGACUUUGAUGACACUUAUUUGUAUGUAUUCUCAUGUAGAUCUCAUUGUGAAGACGAUCAUUGAACACAUCAUAGUGCGUUUUCGUGGUUGAA